GCCUGGUUUGGUUUCAGUCUGCGGACCAACACGAACAAGGAACCAGAGUCUCAGGACUGACACGGUCAAACUGAAAAAACACUGGAGUAGAAACAUAUUUAUCUUUUUUUAAAAGGACUGUCCGAGGAGCAGCGAUGGUUUGUGGCGGAUUUGUUUGCACUAAACACGCACUCUGCGCUCUCAAUAUACUUUAUGUUCUGGUGAGUCUGCUGCUGAUAGGAGUGGCAGCCUGGGGGAAAUGGUUUGGCCUGGUCUCGAGCAUCAGGGUGGUGGCAGGGGUCAUUGGUGUGGGUAUCUUCCUGUUCCUAGUCGCCUUCAUGGGGCUGUGCGGGGCCCUGAAGCACCACCAGGUCCUGCUCUUCUUCUACAUGAUGAUCCUGUUCAUGGUGUUCAUUGUGCAGUUCUCAGUUUCCUGUGCUUGUCUGGCCCUGAAUGAAGACCAACAGAACCACCUGCUGGAGAUCGGAUGGAACAAAUCUGAGGACACUCAACGGGACGUAGAGAAAACACUCAACUGCUGUGGCUUCUCCAGAAUUGACAACAGCAGCUCCUGUCCUGCUAGUUGCUUUAAGAACCCUUCACAGUCCUGUAACACUUGCUCUGAGAUCAUCCAGCAGUACACCGGGGAGGUGUUACAGUUUGUGGGUGGCCUUGGACUCUUCUUCAGUUUUACAGAGUUUCUUGGAGUGUGGCUCGCACACAGAUACAGAAACCUCAAGGACCCCCGAUCAAACCCUGGAGCCUUUCUAUAACCACUCACCAUUUAAUAAAUUGCACUGCUGCUGAAUGAUUGUUUGUCCCCUCAACUUAGUCAAUAACACUUAUCUGUACAUUUGUAUGAUUUAUAGAGAGACUGUAACUUUUGCUGAAUAAUUUCCAUUGUAUUUAAAAGUGAUAAUAAUAAUAGUCCUAAAGUCAGCAAACUGAUUCAAAUGUCAGUUACAGAGUUUUUAAAGUUUGCAAACACUAUCCACUGGUCAUACCAGGCCAAGUUCAUCUACACAAAUCCAAACUGUACCCUAACAAAUAUUUCUCUUAUUGCCUAUGGAUUCAGCUUUUUGUGUCUGAGAAAAAGUGUGUUUUAUUUCAGUUUUUAUAGUUUCAUAGUCUCAUUUUAACAUUUGCUGCUCGAUUGCUUUCACUGAAAUGAUGGUGUUUUUUUUUUUCUUCUGUGAACAAUAAUUGUGUGUCUUCAUAAGAAAGGUUUGACAUUUUGGGAAGUAGGUUUAUUGACUUUCCUACUGAGAGUUAGAGGAGACUGAUACCACUCUACUUUAAUCUGUACAGUAAAUAUGUAGCUGGAGCCAGCAGCCAGUUAACUUAGUUUAGCUUAGCAUAAAGGCUAGAAUGAGGGGACAACAGCUUUUUCUAAACUUAGCUAACUGGUUUCUAGCAGUAGCUUCAUAAGGGUGGUAAUAAUAUUCUAAAUAAAAUCUUGGCAGAAAAGCAAAGAAGUGCAUUUCCCAAAAAGUGAAACUGUUUCUUUAAGUGGAACCCGAUAAAUAUUGCUUCUUAAUCUGUCUGGGAUAUAAACUCACAGCAGCUCUGUAUGCUAACCACACACACACCUUAUACAAAUAAAGUGCUAGUUAGCUCCAUGA